UCCACGACUCAGUUGCGCAGUCUCAGUGGCAACUUUACGCAGCUCACUCGUGUACCAGUAGAUAUUGUAAACAUACAAACUUCGUAGUAUUUUGAAUCGUUAAGUGACUCAACAUGGCCAUCAGCAGAUUGUCUAUUGUCAAGUUUUUGGAGCUGGCGCUGACUUGCUCAUGCGUGGCACUCCACUACCACAGCUACAAUGCUGAAGCUGACACUGGUAUGCUGGUGACCGGCACCUUCGUCGGCUACCUCAUCAUCUUCGCUGGAGCCGCUGCCGGCUACGUCAUGCAGACACCUUCGCACAAACGAAUUGACAUAUUCUAUUCUCUGGUGGGAGUAGCCUUGUUCGUUGCCAGCGGUGCUAUCAUCAUCGACAGAUACCAGCACAGCAGUAAGAGUGACUGGAGGGACAAGAACUUGGCUAAAGCUUCCCUGGCCAUCAUAAACGGAGCCGUCUUAUUGGUAGACGCUGUUCUUACGCAGCGCGGAGGCUAAACGCCUUCCUUAAUAUUAGGUAUGGCCACAGUACCAGUGCCUGGAAUCUCAAGUCUGUUGUAAUUUUUGAGACAUUUAAUACCAAAGUAAUCGAACGCACAAAAGUGUACUCUCACAAAGAUUAUUAUUUUUUCUAGUGUAGCAGAACUUGAUAGUAGACCAGCAAAUACAUGAAAAUUAAGUAUUGUCUUACUUUAAGGUUGAAUAGACCGUGUUAAUAGGUUUUUGUUUCUUAUCAUCGAAUACGUUUUUAUUCAGCUGCAUUUCUUAAACGCUAGUUCUAAAUAUAACCAAAGUUUUAACUGAUAUUCGUCCGUGGCCAUGCCGAUUAUUGUAUUUACGUUAACAUAAUAUUGUGGUUCAAUAUUGAAACUGUUUUAAGUCAGUUUUUUUUUCUAGAAUACGCUAGAAUUCACUGUAGUUUUGAAACUGUAUCUUCAUGCUUCAAUAUUUAGCCACAGUGCUUAAUUAAGUAAAUUAUUUUUAGGCUUUAAUUUCACAUAAUGUGAACUUUGUUGUUGUCACGUGUUUUAGUACAUAUACCACAGUAAAUCGAUAUUAUAGAUACAUGAAUAUAUUCAUCUGCAUAGUAUUUUUAUAUGCUUGAAAAAUUGGAUCCUCUGCGAUUCUGUGUAGUAAAAAUCAUUACGUACAUUCUGAUGGUACCAACUUUUUUGAUUUUGACCAUAAAACACGAUUAUACGCGUGAAUUAGUAGUGCCUUUCAAGUUUCACGUAUUGUACUCAAUCAUAAAAUCUGAGAAGUACUAUUCUGGGUAAUGUUUCUAUGAGAUUAUGAACAACUCUUGUAACUCUUUUUAUAAACAAAAUAAUAUUAUUCCAUUGAUAUUCUAUAUAGGUAUUAAUCUUAAGUAUAAGUAUUUGUAUUAAGCUGAUGAUACGCUGCCUAAGUCAAAAUAUAAUAUUAUACAAGAAUAUUAAAAAUAUACACAUCAUAACUGACUAUAUAUUUUUCGAGCUCUUAAAACAAUUGAUAUUUUAUAACACAUAUAACAUUUGCAUUUUAUAUACACGUUGUACAGUUUUUGUUUCUACAAUAAAUCACUUGAAAACAAAA